AUAGGAAAUUGAUUGUGAGGUAUAAUGGACACGUGAUGUUUAGGAAGGCACGUGCAUGUAGUCACGUGAUAUCGUUUAAGUGAGUAUGUGUGUGUUGCUCUUUGUAUUGGCUUUGACUUCGUCGGUUUUGGCGCAAGCUCCAGUGCCUAACAAACCUCCAGGCUUCGUUCUUCAAUCUGGAUCAAAUGUCUCUCAUGUGGCAAUCGACGCAUUUUACGAUCUUUUGUGUCCUUACUCCAAGGCUAACUGGCCCGUUCUUCUAAACGUUAUUCAGCAUUUCAAAAGUCAAGUGGAAGUGCGAUUGCAUUUGUGCCCUCUACCAUAUCAUCAUCACGCUUUCUUUACCGCAAACGCUGCUCACAUAGUAGCCAACAUCAAUCCGGACGUUUACCCCAAAUUCGUCUCUUUGAUGUUUGACCAUCAAGAAGAUUUGUCUUCCAAGGCUGUUAACCUAACUGAAUCACAAGUGCGUCAGAGAAUCUCUGACAUCGUUGGUGCAGGAAAUCUCGGGAUUUCGUCUGAAGAGAUGAUGAAAAUGUUUGGAAACGAAACGAUUAAAAUCGAAGCGAUUUUGGCGUGGGUAUAUGCUGUGGGUCGUACGAUCAAUGGCACGCCCAUGUUUGUUGUUAAUGGAAUGAUCAGUCUGGAAGCAAGUGGAUUUAAUACAUCGGAUUGGAUUAACUUUGUUGAUGACUUGCUGCAUCCCAUUGACAAGGUUGACAACGUCAAUAGCAAUCAGUUUAUGGGACUGACAUGAUCAGGACAUCGUGUAAACAUAUGGUAGUCGCGGACUAUAGUAGAUAUGGACUUGGUCAUAGUCUAAAGCA